GCGCAAGCGCGGAGGCACUUAAAUGGUGCGAAACACUGCGCAGGAGCAGGAUCGAUAGUACUUUAACGUUCGAGAUGGUAGUCCCUAGGACAUUCGUCUAUCGAAGUGCACAGAAGUUCGUGGUAGAUCGAUUGUGAAUUGACAUCAUCGAACAUCAUGGCUACCGCCGGUGCGUCGGCCGAAGUGGGAGUUGAAGGUCUUACAGCUGGUGCCAGCUUAUUAUCACGGCCCGCAGAUGAAUUCGAAAAUGACCCGUCAGUGGAAGCCAUGUGGGCAAUGAAAGCCUAUGAACAUGCUGAAAUUUAUUUUAAUAUAUUGUGUUCAGUUGAUCCAAAACUGUUGAAACUGACACCACACGAUGAUAUGAUUUAUAAAACAUUUCGAGAAGAGUUUCCAGAUCUGAAAGUUGAUGUCGUGAUAGAAGAUGAAAUGAAGAGUCCUGAAGGAAAGUCUAAAUGGAGACCAUUCUGUGAAAAAUUUAAGAAUGUAGUGGAAGAUUAUAGUUUUGGGACUCUAUUGAGACUUGAUUGUCAAGGUGAAUAUUCUGAGAAGAAUAGUAUACUUGUGUCACGAAUCCAGUUCUAUGCCAUCGAAUUGGCUAGGAACAAGGAGGGACUCAAUGAUACCGUUCGUACAAACUUCCGGCCCAAGAGGCUUACAAAAAACCAGUGAAUUUUUCCGUGUAUUUGUGUGAAGUGAUACAUGUGCUUUGUAGUGCUAAAUGCUGACUGACAUUUGCCUGUGAUGGUACCUUUCUUUAUAUUUUUACCAAAAGUAAUGUAUCAUGUUUUUGUUUCUGAAUAAACAACUACUUGGGAUUUUAUUACACAAAUAUUACAACUUAAUUAA